CAUGCCAGCGCAUCUCCACUUUGGACAAAAUUACUUGUCAACGGUCAAACGGACUCGUACGUUUUUCCACUCUUGCAUCCAGCCCAGUCCAAAAUGCUGGCCGUAGAAAAGUAGAAACUGACCAGACCACAACCUGUUGACCGGCCAGUGGCACAGCGGGGCCGAAGCCCAAACGGCAUGGCGGCCACCGAAGCGCUAGCGCUACAGGGAGUGGGAGAUGUCGACGACGACGAGGCGUCGUUCUUUGAGCUCGAGCUCGCUCUGACCGGCCACCUGAGCGCGGGGAUCAACGACGGAGAAGAUGAAAAGGGUAAGGAGAACGAUGCUAAGGGGAUGGAGCUUGAAUACACCAUCGACGGUGAGGAGCUGGUGCCCACCGUGGAAGCUGGUCACCGUGGGGACGCGGCGUCGGAGGCAUUGCGGCAGCUUGGCACGGCGGCAAGAUUCCGCGCUCUCGUCCGCAAGCUGAGGAAGCCGAAGGCAGCGCGCGCGGGGCAUCCGGCCGGCGGCGGUGCUGCUCUGGCGCCGGAGGCGAACCGGUGCCUUGUCAAGGCCAGCGCGCAGGCCGCGCGGCAGUCGAGCGUGGGCGCAGUCGCCGCCGAGGAGCGGCAGGCUCCAAAGGAGGCGGCGCGGAAGUACCUGGGAAAGAUAGCGACCCUCGCACGCCGCAGUGUCGGGCGCGACAGACCGGACCCCUCGCCGCCGUUCCAUCCCCAAACGACGGUCCUGCCCGCUCGCAACUCGCGAUGCGAAACCGAGUUGAGGCAGGCGUGUGAGCGCCUGGGCAUCUCCGUGGCUGCCACGCCGCCACCGCAGUGGGAGCGCCGCGACGACUCGCUGCUGCAGGCGCAGGAUUGCAUCGCGAGCGCCAUUGCACACUGCAAGCGCUCCAUUGCGUGCUAUGACUGUGUGCCUUCAGGCCCCAGCACUCAGUGACACUGGAAUGGCAACAAAUCCCUCUCUGAAUAGGGUCCAGAUCGCCGAUGGUCCUGCCCGGCGACGUCGAGCUGCAGAAGAAGAAUUUCGCCGGUGCUGGCGCGUGAUCUCGGUGGCGUGAUGGUGAAAGAAUGGUGAUUGCAAUGCAUUAAGUUAUGUAUGUUCUUCAAGUAGCGAAUUCGUGGUUUGCUUAUAUAUGUGCAACCGCUAUUCUGUUGCUGUGGUGAUCACCUGAUUCGCUAUGUUAUGUUCUUGUCUGCAUCGGUGCUUAAUAUUACCUGAAAAUUUUACAACGG